GUUUUUGUGGUCAGACUUUGAAAACGCUAGAGAGCUGUUUGGUUCUCUUCUGCCGUGGCAGGUGGAGUCCGGGAACGCAGUGUCGGGAGGAGGUGGGGCGGGGGUAGUCUCUGUCUUGCUCACUGGUUUUCCUUGCCUGAGGAUUCUAACUGACAAGGUGUGGGGCCCUGUCUGUGCGCAGCCGGACACGAGACACUUUACAUGCCCCUGCCCUGCUUACGAUGAAGUGCCGUGACACGGGCCGUGCGGGGACGGCUGGCUGAGAGGUGGGGUCAGGGCAGGACGGCCCGAGACUGCCGGAUCCCCAGCAGAUUGGUGGAACCUGGGGCACCAGUCCUGUGUGGUCAGUCCUGCCCUGGAGCUGCCCAGGGCACCGGUGGAGGAGCCUGUGUGUGUGAGCGGUCACAUCGUUAGUUAUGUAGGAUGCAGACGGCUGUUAGCUUUUCAGACCUUGAGCCAUUAUUUUCAAGCUGUGCUUUGGGUUAUUAAGCGCUGAUGUCUCCCAGUGCUGUAACCUGCACUUCGUGUCGUCACUCAGUUCUCCGGAAGCCGGAGCUGAAAGUGUGUGCACGGUUGAGCCGCCUGGAGCCUCGUAGCCACGCAGGCCAGUGGUUUCCGCCACGUCUGUCCUCCCAAAGCAAGGACUCACUCUGCUUUAAUCCCCCGUGCAGGAAAGCGACUGUCCGAAGGCGCUGCCCACGUGGGGCCCUCCGCUCGAGGCUGGGUCAGGAGAAUCCCAGGUGCCUCUUGCUACCAGCGAUGCGCUCUCCCUAUGGAAUUGCAGGGACUCCGAGCGUCAUGUUAAGGUGAAGCAGAGGGCCUCAGUGCUGAACAUGCUAAGGAAGCUGGACAAAAUCAGGUUCAGAGGUCACAAGAGAGAUGACUUCCUCGAUCUAGCCGAGUCUCCGAACGCCUCGGACACCGAAUGCGGAGACGAGAUUCCCCUGAAGAUCCCUCGGACCUCACCCCGGGACAGCGAGGAGCUCAGGGACCCUGCUGGUCCAGGGACCCUCAUCAUGGCUGCAGGGGUCCAGGACUUCAACCGGACAGAGUUCGACCGCUUGAAUGAGAUCAAAGGCCACCUGGAAAUCGCCUUAUUGGAAAAACACUUUUUACAGGAGGAGCUCCGGAAGCUGCGAGAGGAAACAAACGCAGAGAUGCUGCGGCAGGAGCUGGACCGUGAGCGGCAGCGGAGGAUGGAGCUGGAGCAGAAGGUCCAGGAAGUGCUGAAGGCCAGAGCCGAGGAGGCGCCAGCUCAGCAGCCCCCGAAAGGACAGGCCCAGGUCAAUAAUGGAGCAGGUAGGCCUGGGGGCGGCCAGGGAAGCCGGCUCUGUGCCUGGGGGCACCCGCUCACCUGCAGGACCCGCUCCUGUCGGGAUGUCCCCGAUUACCCACUGGGGGGCCUUUGUAGCAGGUGCAAGUCAUUCCGUCAGAACUUGACUUUAUUUUUGCACAAACACAAGGCGGUCUCUCUGCCUGCCCCUCCCCAGGGGUCGUCUGGCCACGUGGCCCUGACCGGACCCCCUUCCCGGAGGCUGGCCGUCCUGACUGGGGGUGCUGGGCGGUGUGCUGCAGGCCCCCUGCCCCGGGGGCCCCCCGGCUCCCUGCCCCCACCUGGGCCCACCCUUAAUCCGAGGUCCACCCUGAUGGCCGUGGUCUGGUGGCCCGUGCACGGUCCUCGGGUCGGCCCCAGGCCUCGGUCCCUUCCAGCCGACCGUGGCCGCCUGCACGCCCUGCGUCCCCCUCUGACCGCAGAGACCACUUCCCUCCCCGGGGCUCCCCCGCAGCAGAGCGCCGCCCCUGACACCCGCCCCCACUGGCUGGUCCUCAGGCUUGGGGUGUCCGGGGGCGUGCGCCCACCUGGCCCCUUCCCAGGCAAAUCAGUGUGCCCAGGACAGGCUGGGGGGGUCAGCACAGCCCUGUCUGGGCUGAGCACCUGCCUCAACGGCGCCUGGCCUGGGAACAGGCUCCGGCAAGCUGGGGGUCGGCGUGAGGCCCGCGAGGCACCCCCGGCGUCCGCGUGGCUGGCUGGUGCUCUCCCACCUCCAGCUGGUGCAGCAGCCAGACCACCAGGUGUGUCCGAGGGCUGGGCGAGCAGUGGCCUGACUGUGCGGUCUGAUUUGUCCCCAGAGCGCGGCGCCAAGCCCGUCACCAGCUUUGUGAAGAACCUCUCUGCCUUAUCUGACUGGUACUCCGUCUACACGUCCGCCAUCGCCUUCACCGUAUACAUGAACGCCGUGUGGCACGGCUGGGCCAUCCCCAUGUUCCUGUUCCUCGCGAUUUUGAGGUUGUCCCUCAAUUACCUCAUAGCCCGGGGCUGGAGGAUACAGUGGAGCAUCGUGCCCGAAGUGUCUGAAGUGGUGGAGCCUCCGAAGGAAGACCUGACCGUGUCUGAGAAGUUCCAGCUCGUGCUGGACGUCGCCCAGAAAGCCCAGAACCUCUUCGGCAAGAUGGCAGACAUUCUGGAAAAGAUCAAGAACCUGUUCAUGUGGGUCCAGCCCGAGACUACCCAGAAGCUGUACGUGGCACUGUGGGCCGCCUUCCUCGCCUCCUGCUUCUUCCCCUUCCGCCUGGUGGGGCUGGCCCUGGGCCUCUACGCCGGAGUCAAGUUUUUCCUCAUCGAUUUUAUCUUCAAACGCUGCCCGAGGCUGCGAGCCAAGUACGACACCCCCUACAUCAUCUGGAAGAGCCUUCCCACGGACCCCCAGCUCAAGGAGCGCUCCAGCACCACCGUGUCACGCAGGCUUCAGACGGCAUCCUCCCGGAGCUGUGUGUCUAGUGCGCCCGCCGGCCUGAACAGGGACGAAGACGCUGGCCGCCUGCACGGCGCCAAGAAGGGCAACUUCCACGAGAUCUUCAACCUGACGGAGAACGAGCGUCCGCUGGCGGUGUGUGAGAAUGGCUGGCGGUGCUGCUUGAUUAACCGGGACCGGAAGAUGCCGACUGACUACAUCAGGAACGGGGUCCUAUACGUGACGGAGAAUUACCUGUGCUUCGAAAGCUCCAAGUCCGGCUCCUCUAAGAGGAACAAAGUCAUCAAGCUGAUGGAUAUCACAGACAUCCAGAAGGUGGGUGCUGCCCCCCACCCUCCCCCUGCCUCAGGAGCAGGAGCUGAGGGUUCGUGACGCAGGGAGCCACCCUGGGAGUGGGGGGCCGUCCUGCACACNGAGGCGUUCGAGACCAUCUUCAGCCAGUACAUGAAGAUCACGUCCGCGGCAGCCGCUGGCAGUGACAGCUAGUGCUGACUCACCUGGACGCUGCUGAAGUUUUUCUUUUCUUCUUUUUUCUUAACAAUUUGGUAGUGGAAAAAAAAAUCGGACAUCCUCAUGAUCUUUUGCAAUAAUCCCCCCCGGAUGUGUGGUUUCCGUUGUGUUGACCCUGCGUUUUGUAGACCCCUUUGUGCAGGGGUCGGGGCUCUCGAGGGCUUGUCCCGUGGACGCGGGGGCCGCCGGGAAGGACGACGACACAUGGGACCCGCCGCCAGGCAUGGCCGGGCCCCCUCGGUCCCCGCGGGGCAGAGACCGCCCAGCCCGGGUCCCGGGCGCCAGCAGCUCUUCUGCACCAAAGCCAUAGGAGGAGUAUGCAGGGCCUCCCUGUGGAGAAGGGCGUCCGCGACGGGUGAGGGGCCCCGCCAGCCUCCGCGAACAGGCCGGCCCUUCAAGGAGGCCCUGCACGCGUGUUGGGAGUGUGAUGCCGGCCGCCGCUCGGGGUAUGCGGGGAGGCCCAGGACGACAGCCGCUCCGGGGGGGGAGCUCCAUGCUUCAGGGCUCAUGCCGGCUUCCAGGCUGCAGGGCCAGCUGGGUGAGGGGCUCCUGGGCUGGAGCAGGAAGGACAGGGGCGCCCCAGGCCCGCGGUGGCCUACCCCUGCAGGCUGUGACAGGCACUGAGUCUGCCUGGUGUUGGCCGUGGCGCAGAGCAGAGCCCGGAAGCCAGCCCGCACGCGGGUGCACCCAGGUGGAGGGGAGCUGGGUCCUCACACGCCUGGUGUCGGAAGCCAGCAAGGCGUUGGGACUGGCCCGAGACCUCGGGACAGACAUGCCGAGCCACUCAGCACAUUUCCAACAACAGGCCCCGCCAGCCCUCAGCUUGUCCUGAGUCCCCCGGGAGACACUGGGUUUGUUGUUUUUUGAAGAAACAGAAGAUUAUAUUUUUUACAGAGAGCAAGCUGUUUUUCUUAUUUUUGUAUCAUUUUUCAGAUGUGAUUUUUACCUUUGCUCCUAAUUUGCUGGUCGGGUGAGCGACACGGUGGCCUCGCUCUGGUCACACCCCCGGAGGGGGCCCCCAACUCCCCGCGGGGAGCCUCCCCCACCAGCUCCCAAAGCACACGCCCCUGCUCGGACCGCACGUGUGGGGCCGGCUCGGCUCCCGGUUCCCCCCAGCGCUGGGGUCUUGCGAUUCUGCAGGUCGACCUUGAACAGACGUAGGCGGAGCCCCCCUCCUCGGCCUGGGCUUUGGCCCCUGGUCAGCGCAGGUGGACCGGGUCUCGGGCUGAGUGAGGGUCCACAGCCAGUGGGGACCCCCUCCGGGCCCGAGGCAGGCUGAGUGGGCCCUGGACUUGGUCCAGGAUGACUGCGGGGGUGACACCCGGGGGUGCUGCCAGACCCCAUCGCUGGGGCUGCCGCAUGGUCAGCGUGCGUCCCCUGUAAGCACGCUGGCACUGUCUCCGAGCCCAGGGCGGGGGCCCUGCGGGGGAGCGGACUUGCUGUCUUCAGAGCCGCAUGGCUUGGUUUGAGUCCCUUCCCAGGAGAAAGGGAGAUGAAAACUGACCAUGUGCUGGGCGCGGCUGGUAGGGGCUGCGGCGGGCCCUGCUUGGAAGCCCAGGGCCUCCGCCGGGAAGGGCACAGGCCUGAGCAGACGCCCUGUCGGCGAGAGCCGGUGUUGUUUUUACUGAAUCGUGUAAAUCUGGGCAGAUGUUUGAUUUCUGCGACUAAUCCCGGAACUGAAUGAAUGUUAACAUUUUUUAUGUCCGAAGCUUGAGUCUCUUUUCAAUCUGUAAAUACUCGUUACCAGUGUGACUUUUGUUCAACAAAAGGAUUGUACUGUAUGAAGAACUAAUUAAAAAAAAAAAUCCUCCUGUAACAUUUUUUUAAAAAAAAAAACCUUGUUUAAAGAAAAAAGUCUUGUAUAAAUUAUAAAUUUUUAUUUAAAUA